AAAUGAUUCUAAAUUAAUACCCAAACCUGCUUAAUAAACAACCUUGAAAAUUAUCUGUAAAUUUCUCUGUUAUCUCUUUUUUUUUUCGUCAUCUCCUCUAAGACAUUAAAACCUCAAUGUAGAACACCUCUUUUCAAUCUCCAUUCCUUUUGGAUCUCCUUCUCUUGAUCAAAGAAACUUUUCAUUCGUAGGGGGACAAAAUAAAAGCCAUGAGUCUUAACUGCUUGACUCGCCAGGUCCUGCAAAGAACAGAUUCAAACAAUCAUAGGGAUCAUUGUGUUAAAGAAAAAGAUAGCAGGAAAUUUUGUGGUAUAGGGAUUGAUAGAAGUUGGUCAGGGAAUAUAUACGAGCAAAUCAGAAGUGAUCAUGAUCCAAUGUCAGUGGUUCCUUCAAAGAAGAUAAAGAAGGGUCAUCAUCGCCGGCUAAACACAAUUGAUACAACAUAUGGAGCUGUGGCGUUUGAAGCUGACGGUGAACCUAGGCUGGUCAGGAGCUGUGGAAUGAGGAGGGAUUGGAGCUUUGAGAAUUUGAGAGAAGAGAGGGAUGAAAAGAUGAGGAAAGAGAUGAGAAUACGUUGAGACUCUGCAUGGCUCUACAAAUUUUAAUUCCUUUCUUUUGGUUUUUCUUGAUUAACACAUCAUUUCAUUCUUUGUUGAUUGUUAAUUAAUUAGUUCGUUAUCCUUCUUUUGUUUCUUUUGAUUUCUUCAUGUUGUUUAUGGCAUCU